AUUCACUUUACGAAUCAUUUCACUUAUCUGCCGUUUCUUCAUAUUUCUUUCUGCAAUGGACGAGAAUUCAACAACAAACCACGAGGUGGUAUUAGAUGUAAACAAGGAUGUCUCUAGAACAACCGAAGACUCAGGCUCCUGUCUCAAUGUUUCUUUCUUGCAAAAGUUGGUGGCUGAGGUGGUGGGCACGUAUUUCUUGAUAUUCGCAGGGUGUGCUGCAGUGGUUGUGAACAAGAACAACGACAACGUGGUAACACUUCCUGGGAUAUCAAUUGUUUGGGGACUAGUCGUGAUGGUGCUGGUUUACUCUGUUGGCCACAUCUCUGGUGCCCAUUUCAAUCCUGCUGUCACCAUUGCCUUUGCCUCCACCAAAAGGUUUCCCUGGAAGCAGGUACCAGUUUAUGUAGUAGCACAGGUUGUUGGAUCCACACUUGCAAGUGGGACUCUCAGACUGAUAUUCAGUGGCAAUGAGAACAAGUUUUCAGGAACACUUCCAUCUGGCACUCACGCCCAAGCUUUUGCGGUUGAAUUCAUUAUCACGUUUUUCCUUAUGUUUGUCAUAUCUGGGGUUGCCACUGAUAACAGAGCGAUCGGUGAGUUGGCUGGGAUUGCCGUUGGGGCCACUGUGCUGUUGAAUGUGAUGUUUGCAGGACCAAUCACAGGAGCAUCAAUGAACCCAGCAAGAAGCUUAGGCCCUGCAUUAGUGCACAAUGAAUUCAAAGGAAUAUGGAUAUAUUUAGUAUCUCCAACAUUUGGAGCUGUUGUUGGUGCAUGGGUUUAUAACAGUAUUCGUUACACAGAUAAACCACUGCGUGAGAUCACUCAAAGUGCCUCUUUCCUCAAAGGAAAAGGGCAUAGAUGAUUAUGAGGUGUGGUUUAAAGGAGUAACUUUUGCAGAUUUAGUUCUCACCAAUUUUAAUUAUCUUCAAGAUCAUGUAUCAGAAGCAAGUAAAGGGAGGAGAUACUUGUAUACCUUUUUCUCUGUUCUUCGUUUUACAGUGUCAAUGUAAUGUAACAAUUCAUCAACUUACUAGAUCAAUCUUAAUGGGUUUACGUCUAUGUUGUUGUAAAACUCAUAUAAAGAAAUUAAAAAUUUGCCUUUUGUUUUUCA